AUAAUUGGAUAUACUGAAUAGCCAGAGGAGUAAGAAGGGAAAAGCGCAAUUCUCUUCGCCGUCGCGUGUAGCCUGCAUCUUUCUGCCAUGGCGUUCAACAAUACUUUCAGAUCUGCGGCCAAGCUUCUUUCUUCUUCAGGACCGUCGCUGUCAAAAUCCGCACCAGUGGGCAGAGGUUUCCAUUCUACUGGCGUGAAGAGGAUGGGAGGUGGACAUGGCCAUGACGAACCUUAUUAUAUGCAUGCGAAACACAUGUACAACUUGGAUAGGAUGAAGCAUCAAGGAUUGAAAAUGUCCCUUGCUGUGUUCACCGCCUUCAGCAUUGGUGUUGCAGUUCCUGUCUAUGCAGUCAUUUUCCAGCAAAAGAAGACCGCUUCUGGUUAGCUUAUCACCGAUGCAUUUGCUACAGUAGGGAGCAGCGGGGGGAUCCCUGACUAGCUGUUGAUUGUCUAGAUCAUUGCUUUGCUACUUUUAAAUUUGUUUAUGUUAAAGUUUUAAAUGGAUUUUGCACAUAUCUCCGGUAAUAAUCAUUUCUGUUGAUGCCCUUAAUUGCAAUGCUCAGGCAUUUUCAUUCCUUCUAA